CCGGGCGAGCGCGCGUGGCCCCCGCUCCCGAUGGGCAAAGAGCCGCCGCCGGGCCCUGCGGGCCGCGCUGCCCGGGGGGAGCCGCGCAAGGGCGGGGCGGUGCCGAGGGCCGCGGUCCCGCCCCGGGCUCGCCAAGAGAAGAAGAAAACCAACUCAAAGCCCAAACAUCUUGAUGAGCAGGAAAUCCCCUAUCGGCUUCAGGAGCUCAUUAAGAGCAGAGAGGAGAUGAAAAACCCCAAGAGCAGGAAGAGAAGGAAAGCAGUGAGCAAAAGGAAGCCUGUGACCCCGGAUCCUGCAGCCCAGGGUGAUAUUCCCGUGCCCAAGUUCAGGAGGCGGAAGCAAGAGUCGGUGUCGGCUUACAUCCAACGCAUGGAGCAGGAGACCCAGCACGUCCUGUUUCUCACCAAAAACCAGCUGCAGCGCGAGCCUGAGACUGAGGAGCCGGCCCCAGAGAAGUCACAGAGGAAGAAGGAAUUUCGGAAUAAACGACUAGAGAAAAUGCAAAAGAAGAGAGAGGAGAAGAAAGCGGCGAUGCUGGAGAAGGCCUUGUUCCAAGAUCCAGUUCAGUUUGGCGAGGUCGCCAUGCAGCCACCAGCGCUUACGGUGAAGCCCAGAAAGGGGGUAACCAAAGAGAAGGCUGGUCCGAGGCAGCUCCUGCUGACGGCUCUCCUGGCUCCCGGCCGUGUGGCUCCUGUCCGCAAAGCUGCCCCCUUGUCCCUCGCUCGCCAGCGCAUCGUGGAGGAGGAGCGGGAGAGGGUCAUCCAGGCCUACAGGGACAUAAAGAAACGCAGACAGCAGCAGGCGUCCGAGAGCUGUCUCGUGGGGGACAAGCUGGAGAAGCCACUCUGAGCCCUCUGGCGGCCAGUGCCGUCCUGGGGAAGGUGACGUGGCUUUGGUCUCUGUACAUGUGGGGAUGGAUGCUGAUGUGGUGAGAGGUGUCCACAGGUGCUCCAGGGAUCUGCUGUAUGGGGAGCAACCCUCCCCAGACAGUCUGACUGAGUCAUCAGGACACUGGCCCAUGAGCACAGGAUCUCACAGCCCCUCCCUCAGCGUGUGGAGCACAGGGCUCUUAGCCAAGCACUGACAGCAGCUAGCCCCUCACCUGGUGCAACGUGCUGCAUCAGGCCCCAGAACUCUGCCCCCUUCCUGCUGGAGCAGAACCACCUGUGACGGGAGGGUGCAGGUCACUCCCGUGUCUUUGGGAUCAGUCCUUGUCGCUCGCAGGCCCAGCCCAGAGGCGACACCGUGUUAGCGGCAGGAGGCAGGCAUGGUGCCGUGGCUUGGGCUGGGUGUGGAAGGAAGGGUAAAGGGAGGCGCUCAAAAAGCCCAUUUGUGCCCAUGCAUCGCUGCGCUGAGUCGGCAGAGCUCGCUCUGGGCCAGCUCCCGGAGGUGACGAACCCGCUGAUACGAAACACUCUCAAAGGGGCAGUCUCGCGCUGAGCUGCCUCUUGGCUGCGUCCCUGAGCACCUCACCCUCACUGGGCUUGGGGAUGUCUGCUCCUUCAGCCAAACUGAAUAAACAGCAGGAACAUGAA